CAUGGAGAAGAUAAACAGACGAGUAUCACAGCCGCUGUUGACGUUGUGUACAUCUGAAAUGGGCGUAUAAAUGUUUGCGAAGCGUAGCCCUACAUGUCACAUUUGUGAACUUGUUUUUUAUUUUACGGAAGCAACGUUGUAAAGGGAAAAUCUAAUGAUUGUGUCAACAUGGACAGUGACCUAAGUCCCCAGGAUAAAAAAGACUUGGACAAGUUCAUUAAGUUUUUUGCCUUGAAGACUGUCCAGGUGAUAGUCCAAGCCCGUCUUGGAGAGAAAAUCUGCACUCGCUCUUCCUCGUCACCUACAGGCUCUGACUGGUUUAAUUUGGCCAUCAAAGACAUCCCAGAGGUGACUCAUGAAGCCAAGAAGGCACUGGCAGGCCAACUUCCAGGCAUCGGGCGCUCCAUGUGUGUCGAGAUCUCCCUGAAGACAUCAGAGGGUGACUCAAUGGAGUUAGAGACUUGGUGCCUGGAGAUGAAUGAAAAGUGCGAUAAGGACAUCAAGGUGUCGUAUACAGUAUACAACCGUCUGUCUGUCCUUCUGAAGUCUCUGCUGGCCAUCACCAGAGUGACGCCUGCCUAUAAACUGUCCAGAAAGCAGGGGCAUGACUAUGUCAUAUUAUACAGGAUCUACUUUGGGGAAGUCCAGCUGAGUGGAUUAGGAGAAGGUUUUCAGACUGUGCGCGUCGGUGUUGUUGGCACCCCUGUCGGCACAGUCACGCUGUCAUGUGCCUACCGCACCAACCUGGCAUUCAUGUCUAACAGGCAGUUUGAGCCGUCAGCUCCCAUUAUGGGGAUCAUUGUGGAUCACUUCGUGGAUCCUCCCUGCAGCAGCCAGCGUCCUGCAAACAUGGGACAGCCCUGCAACUACAGAGCUCCAGAUGAGGAGGAUGGAAGCCCGUUUGCUGGAGUUCAGGAUUCACAGGAGGUCUGCACCACCUCCUUCUCCACCUCCCCUCCCUCUCAGUGUGUGUGUACACUGAGUCCGUCUCCUUCUAAACUGUCAAAGCCCCUCCCCCUGGACAGUCUGCAGCUUCCAUUGGCUCCAGGACUCGUCACUCACACUCUGUAUACUUCCAGGUUAUCCUACCAGCCUCCAGCUUUAGCAGGAGCUGCUGAUCUUUGUCACCCUGCUGCCAACCCAAACCAGGUGUUGCAUGCUGGGAAGGAGGGUGGGGUUGUCUUGGUUCCUGCUCAUCCUGCUCAUGGAGCAGAUGCCCAUCUGACAGUAGAACAUGCCCCCAACACACCUGGCAGCAGCGGUGAUGAUGAUGGUCUGACUCAGAGCGGAGAAGGAAGGAGGGAUGAAGGGAGGAGGAGCGUUUCUCCCUCUGACCCGGUGGAGUCUCUCAGUGCGUUCACGAGGAAAGUCGGAGCAUUUGUCAAUAAGCCGAGCACGCAGAUAACAGCAGCCAGUCUGGACCUGCCAUUUGCUGCAUUUGCUCCUCGAGGCCUGGACUCAGAGGAGAAUGAUCCCAUGGUGCAGCCUCCAGACUCUCCUCCCUGUUCGUCCCCCCUGCAGGCCAGCCUUCACUCUCAGGGCUCAGAGGGAUCGGGGCAGCAGGACGAUUUCGUCAUGGUCGACUUCCGACCUGCCUUCUCUAAAGACGACUUGUUGCCGAUGGAUCUGGGAACGUUCUACAGAGAGUUUCAGAACCCUCCACAGCUGGCCAGCCUCUCACUACACAUCAGCUCCCAGUCGAUGGCCGAUGACCUGGACUCGCUGCCAGAGAAGCUGGCCGUCUACGAGAAGAACAUCGACGAGUUUGACGCUUUUGUGGACAUGCUUCAGUAGAAGAGGAGUGAGGAUGAAGAGAAGGACUACAUGUGAGGAAAGACUAAACGGAUAAUGAAAGGACACUGGAGGCUCUGUAGUAGUUUGUCCUGUGAGAAUCACUCAGACUAAAUCACCAUGUUUUAAUGUGAAGAUCAUUUCUGACAUUUUUUUUUUCACCCUCCUGUUUAGCACGCUCACCUCUUUUACCAGCUUGUACAGACAGUCCUCUUCACUGUAAAUACUGUAUUAUUUCCUCUGACACUGGCACAAACCCUCCCCCCUUCUCUCUCACUCUCUCUGGUCUGGUAGUGUGAAUUCAAACUGAAGAUCUUUAUUUUCUAUGUGGCACAGAGGUGUUCGUCAUCAGUGUUUAUUCAGGAAAUCAGAUGAUCUUGGGGGUUUUUCUGUCACUUUAAACAGCCAUGCAAUUCAAGGACAGACAUAAGUUAGUUUUUGUUCACUGUGGUUCACUGUAAUCGGUUCCCCUCUCCCACCCUGCUGAAGGUUUCCUUUACACCAUGGCUUUGGUCUCAUCCUCACGGUGGAUGCUAAUCCUGUGUCGUAAUUGAAAAAUGUCCUGCUUUACACAAUUUCAGAAUUUCAGACAGUUUCAGAAGCAACUUGAAAGGAGGCGUUCCCAGCCGGACUGGGGAUUCAAGCUGCCAGCUUCAGAGUAAGCAAAAGGCCCAGAUUUUCUACGGCCCUUACACAUAUUCCACGCGGAGUCAAUUUGUUGUCAGCUAAUAAAGUUCACUUGGCUAAAACUAAAGCAGCGGCCCUGCAGUUAAUCCCACCUCCAUCAACAUUAUGAUGUUCAGGUUUUGUUGUAAGUGAUUCUAGACGGAGGCUGUAGCUUGUGGUGAUAAUUAAACAUCUUCUCUGUAUAACAACACAAUUUAAUGGCACCAAAAUAAACUCUAAAACCUUAAUGAAGGUGUGAUUUAUCACAGGGCCGCCGCUUUAGUUUUAGCUUCUUAAACAUCUAUAUUUACAGAGGUCUCUACAACCUGUGUGUGUAUCUUUGGGGAAUUUGUUAAAGGUGGGAUAAACACAUUUCCAGUCUGUCUGUAGAAGGCGCCACAACACCAUCCAUGACUGUUUGAGUUUGGUUGAAAGCUUUAAUUUAAACAUUUGCUGUUGUUCUAGGUGUCCUAAUAAAGCAUGGCUGCUCUGUUGAAGCAA